GGGCUGUGGUUUGAAAUAAGAGCCAGGCGGACAGUUGCCUCCCCGCUCCUGACUUUUAAUAGGCUGGGGAAGGAAGGUUGGGAAACUUGACAUUGUCUUAAGAAGACUUCCCCCCCAGCAAAGGAUAAAAAGGUGGAGGGGAAAUAAUAGGGAGGAAAGACGAGGAGGGAGGGAAACUCACUUACAGUGGGGAACUUGAUGGAUUUCUGCCCUGCCGACAGCAGCGUGGUGUGAGCAGCCCCUUACCGGCUGGAUGGAUGAUGGGAAUCUCACCAUGACGCAGAUAGCUGAUCAGCUUCCCUGGAUUUCGCUGACGCCACAGGAAAGCUUUGCCUGAAGAUGGAAACACUGGAGUCAGAACUGACCUGCCCUAUCUGUCUGGAGCUGUUUGAAGACCCGCUGCUGCUGCCUUGCGCUCACAGCCUCUGCUUCAACUGCGCACACCGCAUCCUGGUCUCCCACUGCGCCACCAACGAGCCGGUGGAGUCUAUCACCGCCUUCCAGUGCCCAACCUGCCGCUAUGUCAUCACUCUCAGCCAGCGCGGUCUAGACGGGCUCAAGCGCAACGUCACCCUGCAGAACAUCAUCGACAGGUUUCAGAAAGCCUCGGUCAGCGGGCCCAAUUCCCCCAGUGAGACCCGCCGAGAACGGGCGUUUGAUAGCAACAGCAUGUCGACCUGUGAGAAGGUCCUCUGCCAGUUCUGCGACCAGGACCCUGCCCAGGAGGCGGUGAAAACCUGCGUUACCUGUGAAGUGUCCUACUGUGAGGAAUGCCUGAAAGCCACUCACCCCAACAAGAAGCCGUUCACCGGUCACCGUCUCAUUGAGCCUAUCCCAGACUCUCAUAUCAGGGGAUUAAUGUGCUUGGAGCAUGAGGACGAGAAAGUUAACAUGUACUGCGUGACCGAUGACCAGUUAAUCUGUGCCUUGUGUAAACUGGUCGGGCGACAUCGUGACCAUCAGGUGGCGGCUUUAAGUGACCGCUAUGACAAGCUAAAGCAAAAUUUGGAGAGUAACCUCACCAACCUUAUUAAGAGGAAUACCGAACUGGAAACUCUUUUGGCAAAACUCAUUCAGACCUGUCAACAUGUAGAAGUAAAUGCAUCCCGUCAAGAAACCAAGCUGAUGGAAGAAUGUGACCAGCUCAUUGAAAUAAUACAGCAAAGACGACAAAUAAUUGGAACCAAAAUCAAGGAAGGAAAGGUGGUGAGGUUGAGAAAACUGGCUCAGCAGAUUGCAAACUGCAAACAGUGCAUUGAGCGCUCGACAUCCCUCAUCUCUCAGGCUGAACAGUCACUGAAGGAGAAUGACCAUGCUCGCUUCCUGCAGACUGCUAAAAAUAUCACUGAAAGGGUUUCCAUGGCAACUGCAUCUUCCCAGGUUCUAAUUCCUGAAAUUAAUCUCAACGAUACUUUCGAUACCUUCGCACUUGAUUUUACCAGGGAGAAGAAAUUAUUGGAAUGCCUUGAUUAUCUUACAGCUCCCAACCCACCCACCAUUCGAGAAGAGCUCUGUACAGCUUCUUAUGAUACCAUUACUGUCCACUGGACAUCAGAUGAUGAGUUCAGCGUGGUCUCUUAUGAGCUGCAGUACACCAUCUUCACUGGACAAGCUAAUGUUGUUAGUUUAUGCAACUCAGCCGACAGCUGGAUGAUUGUUCCCAAUAUCAAACAAAACCACUACACCGUGCAUGGGUUACAGAGUGGCACUAAGUACAUCUUCAUUGUUAAGGCCAUUAAUCAGGCAGGCAGCAGAAGCAGCGAGCCCGGCAAGCUCAAGACAAACAGUCAGCCAUUUAAACUGGACCCCAAAUCGGCUCAUAGAAAACUGAAAGUGUCUCAUGAUAAUUUGACAGUGGAACGUGAUGAAACAUCCUCCAAAAAGAGUCACACACCAGAGCGAUUCACAAGCCAAGGGAGCUAUGGAGUAGCUGGCAAUGUGUUCAUUGACAGUGGGCGGCAUUACUGGGAAGUGGUUAUAAGUGGGAGUACAUGGUAUGCCAUUGGUAUUUCCUAUAAGUCAGCACCGAAGCACGAGUGGAUCGGGAAGAAUUCUGCCUCCUGGGUGCUUUGCCGCUGCAAUAACACAUGGGUGGUGCGGCACAACAGCAAAGAAAUCCCCAUCGAGCCUGCACCUCACCUCCGCCGGGUUGGGAUUUUGCUGGACUAUGACAAUGGUUCCCUUGCUUUUUACGAUGCUUUGAACUCCCUACACCUUUACACUUUUGACAUUACAUUUGGGCAGCCAGUGUGCCCCACAUUUACUGUGUGGAACAAAUGUUUGACCAUUAUAACUGGCUUGCCUAUCCCUGACCACCUAGACUCCUCCGAGCAGCUGGCAUGACUGCUAAAAACCAAAACAUAGGACGACGUAUCUUCCCACAGCGGCCAGGCAGCUGCAGGAGCUUGCCUGGAGCUGGCAGAUCACAGUGUCAUCCCGCUGUCACUGCCAAAUCAGGCCAGAACUGAAAAAAGAAGAAUAUCUCUUUACUGUGUACUUUGUAUGGAAGGGCAAGAAGCGGCUUUAAUAUCUUAGAACUUUCUUUUACAGUUGGUUUUGUUUGGUUCGUUUUGUAUUUAGUCUCUUUCAGGAAGAUUUAUAAAUUAUUUAUAAAAACAAAAAAAAAAAAAAAAAAAAAGAGGAGAGAGACAAGGGAAAGCCUGGCUUGGACACCUGGAAAAUGGCUUAUUUGUUUUGCACAUUGAUGGUCCUAUUGAUUGAAGUUUCAUCGGCCCUUUGCAUCAUUUUAUUUUACAGUGGAUAAAAGCAAGAAAUUGGAAGGAUUAAAACUGUGCAGUGGACAAGUCAGUAUGCUGCAGGUUUUACUCAUGCCAAUAUUAGUUCUCUCAUUACCAGUCUUAUUGAGUGCAAGAUUUCCUAAUUUCUAAGUUUCUACUUUGCACAUGGGAGUGUGCAGACCAAAAAUUAAAACAACAACAACAAAAAAGAAAACCAGUGAGGAAGUGGAGCUAGCCAACACAGCAAAAGAAUAAAGUUUAAUUUACUUCUGUUCACAGGGCAGUGCUCUCUCUGUUCAUAUAAAACAUGGGGAAUAUCUCCUAGAAAUGUGAGUGGAUAAAUCAUCUCGUGAUUCGUUUUAUUGAUGGCAACAUUCCCAUCUACCAGUGCUUCGUUUUCGUCUUUGGGAAAUAUUGUGGAAUCACUGAGGAUGUGAAAGACUGAUACCAUCUCUGAGAAUUAGCAACACUGGAGGAGAGCAGCCAAUCCAAGGUCUGACUGUAGACUAAUUUGAUAAAACAUGGCAUCAUUUAAGGAUUGAUUGUAAUGGAAGAUGUCACAGUUCCAAUGGUAGACAUGUGAAUGCUUAUUGCUGAUUUUACAAGGUUCAACAUAGCAAGCCCAGCCAACUACUCGGAAGCGAGACAUGCACCACUUUUCCAUUGAUUUUAAAUUAAACACAAAUGUUUCAUUGUCGUACACUAUGUAGUCUCUAUAACAAAGCAAGGAAAUCUGUUUUGCAUGUGCCGUGUGGAGAAACACUGCAACUGGAGUUUGCUCAUAGUUACCAUUGUCCUGAGUUGUUUAAGAAAGCACAAUUCUCUUUGUGAAUGAGGAGUAAAUAAUAAGUUUUCAGCAACAGUAGGAAUCUGCACGGGCAGGCCCUACGUUCACCUCGGUGUUGGUGGAGAACUUCAAUGAAGGCAAUAGAGGUUGUACUUACUUUAUCUCAAAGCUGAAUCAGGUCCUUUUUUUUCUCUUUUCCUUCUACAGAAUAGAAGCCCUUUGUAAUUACUACAAUGCUUAUGCAUAAAUUAUCAUUUUUUGAUAAUUUUUUGGGAGAUGCUUGAGGCAAAUGACAACUUGAAAAGAAUGAUUUUCCUACAGUGUUUUGUUGUUACUAUGCAAGUGGUUAAAAUUCUGCCAGAGUAGAAAAAGGAAAAAUUGAAUAUCAGUUUUAAGAAAAGAUUUGCUCAGUAAUUUAUAACCAUGCUUUAGGUGUCUUUUGAAAAGGAUGCCUUAAUGCACUUUGUUCACUAAUGAGUCCAAAAUAAAAUGGUCCCAAGCCCAGCUUCAGAUUUUUUAAAUACUAAUUCUCCAGGUACAAAUUUGUACUACAGUUUGCCUUAUGAUGAUAUGGAAAACUUAGGAGCAAGACAAGGAAUACAUAAUGCCUGUUUGGUUUUUUCCUUUAUUUAAUAGAAAAUAAAUGCCUAACGGUGUUUCUUUAAGUUCCCUUUACAUGUUCUGCUAACUGCUGAAUUAAAUGGAGAAAAGUUUGGCAUAAGUUUGCUGGUACCAUGGCUUUCGGCUGGGGCAGCAUCCCAAUGUUCACAGGUUGGAGGCACUGAUCUUUCCAGAGUUGACAUACUCAUAAGGGAAUAUGUGUACGUAUAGCAAACUGCAGUGUUUAUCAUAGUGUCUUUAAUAAGCAAGAAACAUAUACCCUCAAAAUGAAAAAUUAAAUAAAUCCCCAAACAUUAUUUUUCAUAAUUGAGCACAAUGUUACCAAAACAGUCUGAUGUACAUAGCCCAGAUGAUCUGGCCUGGGAUGUUUGGGAGGUAGCUGAGAUGGCAUGAAAUAAUUAUAAUGAGUUGACAAGAGAUGACUGAUACAAAGCAGUGAUAAAAACAUGCAGGCAGAAAGGAGUUUUGAUCUAGGAUUAUUGCUAAGUUUCUGCCUAAAUGGAGAGGGUGUAUUACCAGAGUACAUGUAGCAAAGCUGUGUAUGUUCUCUUUUGCCAGAAAUAUUAAAUCUAGAAGCUGAUUUCAGUAGUAGGCAAACUGAAAUCACUGAUCAAUAUUCGGCCAUACAAUGUUGGCAGAGAUUGAGCUGGAUGGAGGUAAUACCAUGAAUUUGGAAAGAUCCAAAAUGAUCUCACAUAUUUUCAUUGUAAAGAUAGACGAUGAGUCUAAAGACAGAUCAUGGUUUUGGCCAGUGGAAAAAGAGUGGUCUGUUAUCUAUAGGCCUUGUAUCGUUUUUAUUUUAACACAGAAUACUCAUUUGGAGCUAAGCCACAUUUCUGCAGUGGACUAUUAAUUCAGUCAGUGCUCUUUGUGCAUAUAUGUGUAUAUAUGUACACAUAUGUCUGGGUGCACACACACCAGUAUACACACAAAUAUAGUGUGUAAUUUGUGUAUAUGAUACAUACAUAUACACACAUACAAACUGAUGGUAAUUAGUCAGGUGUUCCUUUUUUUGCUUGUUUCUUGAACAAUUCAUAUUCUGUAUGACUACAAGGAAACAAGUUUGCUAUGAAUGGUAUUCUGGACAUCUUUUAACAAACAAAACCUGUUUAUUUUACAAUAUUUGAUUCAAUGCCUGAUUAAUCAAUAAAAACAUCCAUUUGAAAAUGUAGCUUCUGUGGUCUGUGGCAUUUUGCAUGGUCCAUAGUAAUCAAUCAAAAUCUGGGGUAACAAUUAUCCUUGUGUAAAAAUAAAACAUGGUACCUUAAUGUAGUGUGCAGUCUUAGAUGAAGGGUUUUUCCCUCAUUUUUUUAAAGUUUCGUGACUAGGAAUGAGGUAGCAUUGUGUAAUGCCAUGUUUCACAGAGAUUUUUGAGGAAUAGUCUGCUGAGUUGCAAGCAGUGAAUGUAGGAGAUGCAGCCUGUGUUAGUAUAAUGAUUGUUUUAAAGGUGUAUUUAAAACCCAAUCUGGGAUUCAGCAGAGUUAGAGCAAACUAUAGCACAAUCUUUUUAGACGACAGUAGCAUAGUCUCAGAGUAGUCAAAGGUGAGGUAAUGGAAAGGUGGGGAACUUUUUCUCUCUGAGGCCAGAUCAGAUUUUCCAUGUGUUAGUCUCCUAUGUGUUAAUGCAUGUUUAAUGGAGAAAAAAUCAUUCAUGAAUGGGCUGUAUGUCAUAAAUCAUUUAGUAGACUGUCUCCAGCCCACUGUAGUUUCCCACUGUUGGCUUUCAGAGAGCAGCAAAGUUGCUGAAUUUUGUGUCAUGACUUUAUUCUUUGUCUGGUUUGGGUAUCCCAUUUCUCAAUUGCUCAGCAGAGAGACCCCUACUGAGCAGUGAGUCCCAAGGGUAGGAAGCAUAAGUAUCCCCCAGGUGUGGAUACGCUGUGAAAAGCUGAAAAUCUGCAAGUACAGGUGAAAACACAUGGAUGUUCUUCAUUAUAUCAGUAAUAGUAGGCCACUAAACAGCAGUGUGCAUCACACGUUUUAAUCCUGCAUCUUAGUUGCAAAGACUAUUCUUUUGGUGUUAGAAAACACAACAGGGCACUAUUGAUGGCACAAAUUAAAGUGUCAGUGCUUUAGCUACUUCAUUUUGAGGUGGCCAGAGUUUAUAGCACUGUGAAGAACUAUUGGCUGUGGGAAAUUUCAUUAAACUAUUUGACAUCAGUAAGUAUUUCUUUCUUAAUUACUCUAAUAAAGCUAGUCCGAUAAAGCAUAUUUCUAGUAGUUCCCAGAUUCUGCCUUUGGUUACAGCAGCAGAAAUUCCAGAUAAGUCCAUGCACCAAAACAAAGUGAGAAUUGCUAAUGGCUCUUAUGUGUAUCAGCAAAACUGAGGCUAUUUGUCUUAAUUAGCAACUGUCUUCAUUUCUAGUUUAGGAGUGUUGGACCCACAUAGAAAGUACGCUCUGGCCACCUCAGUAACUGUCCUGCAGGUCAUUUGUGGUGCAGCUUGAUAAACGGUGAUAAACAAAAAACAUGCACAUGUUGCUUAUGUAGUGAUGUACCGUCAAUUUUCUUGUAAUGCCAUUUCUAAUGUCUUUUCACAUUCCGAUCUUUCUAGUAGUGGAAGUGUGUAUUAAUAUAUAAAUUCAGUAUUUUAUUAUGUUAAUGGGUUGGUUGUCCAUUUAGAAAUUGUCACAGUGUUCUGAAUUUCAGCGUUAAGUUUUGUUUUCUCCAAACAGAGAAAAGCCCAAGCACUGAUGGUGGGUGUUCUAGAUUAUCUGAGCUCUUUGUUUUUAUUGCACUUUCUGAAGUGAAAGAAACUCUCUUUACAUUUUAAUCUUGAUUUAGCACUUGAUUCAUGUAUUUAAAAAAAGAGAGAGAGGGACUAAAGAGCAAUGAUGUUAACAAUGCUUCAAUGUAGAUGAGACUCUUGAUUUGGACUGUGAGGCUUAAGGCAUCUAUGUACAUAAAUCUGUGCCAGCAUAGACUAAUUUGUGGGAGUUGAACAGUAGAGGUGCAAGCAUUUUCUUCUAAGGUAAGCUUUUGCAUUAACUCCGCUCUUGGAGUGGAAUAUUCUGUUAUUGUGGUGGGGUUUUUUAAUUGGUUUUCUUAUUCAAGUGCAGACUAUGUUAGUGAUAAUAUAAUAUUUCAUCACGUUACUUAUUUUAGCAAGCCCUACCAUAUCACAUGCCUCUGGCGUGUCACUGAACACAUCAGCUGCAACCAUAACCUUUGUCAACUCAGCUCCAAGGUGUGGACUGAUGUUUAAGCCAUUGAUCAAGUACAUAACUCUCCCAUGUGGGAUUCAUCUUGCUUUGAGUAAGGAACUCUAGCACAAAUGGUGUUAUCAGUUGCAGGUGAGAGGCUCAUAUAUUUCACAAAGAUGAUAGAGGAACAACAUGGGCUUGAAUACCAUCAGCGCUGAGGUCGUUCUGGUUUAGAAGCAUCACCAUGUAUUAGGAAGGCACAAAGUCUUUUACUACAAUGUGAUCAACAGUUAUUACUAUUAUGUAAUCAUUAUUACUGCUGCCUGAGAGAGGGACGGAGGCAGCAAAAAGAGGGAGUUGUGGAGGAAUGAUGAGUCAUUCUGAGUGACAAGACAGAUGAAAACCCGCCACUGCUACCUGCCCUGGUGCCAUGCUGCAGCUCUGCAAAGCAAGUCUGCACCUAUUCUUCUUUUUGUUACAGCUCAGCCCCCUUCCACAUUCCCGAAUGACAGGAAACAAAAUAUUGCAAUUGUACAUUUGAAAGCCUAACCUGAAUAAAAGCAGCAGGGCAGGGAUGGCAGCCCCGAGCCUUGAUUCUCCUUUAUUCACCCAGAUUUUUACAUCUGUUGACUUCAAAGGAGAUAGUCCUGAUGUACAUAGAGGUAGGUACAAGACCAUGAAUCUUCAGUUUCCAAAGGGUCAAACCUAAGUGAAGCAGGAGCCCCUAUACAAACAGCUUAGCAUUCCUAUUAAAUCAUGUCUUUGGAGAAAGCAUAUUAGCUGCUAGCAAAACUGGGGUUUCUCCUGAACUGUUUCCCCAGGCCAACCCAGGUGUGUUUUGAAAUGUAUGGUUCAAUAACAUUCUUCUUGGGUGAAUUGUUCAGACAAUGCUCUGCUAUUUCCUACAAGCAGGGUGGGAACAACUCUCUUAGCAGGUGCUGUGUUACUUUUCCAAAAAUCAUGAGAAUGUCAGAUACGUAAGUUAUGAUUAGACUAUUGUUCUUGGACUUCCAUUUAAAAAUGGACAAUAACUAUAGAAGUGUAAAAGUCUACUUCCUCUAACUGUUUGUUCUAAUGUAUAUAAUUAUUUGAAUGGAGAUGUUUCUUCUCAAGGAAUAUCCCCUCAUUUCUUUUUAAUACCUGCAGACACAUAGUAAUUAGGAGUAUUACUGAAAAUCCAUGAAUUCAUAGUAUAGCUUAUAUUGAAGCCUUUGAAAGACAGCAAAUGGAGGCUUUGCGUUUUGCAUAACAUUAGUCAUUGAGCAGGGAAAAAAAGCUAUAGCUGUUUAGAUCACUGAAGCAUUUAAAAAAUGACAGCCAACUGCCACACAAGAGGAUGGGAAAGUUUUCAUUAGCAGUUUUUUAUUUCUCCCUUAUUUUCAUUUUAUAUGGAAACCAAACUAUUCCACUUGAAAAUAUUUUUGUUAUCCUUCCAUUUUUUUACUGCUUUCAGUCUCAUUUUCAUAUUUUAAAUAUUAGAGUAUCAAGAAGUGUGUGGUUUUUAAAGUUGAAUUUAUUUUUUAUUUCCUUGAAAAUUACCUUUUUCAGGGAGCUCGCAGAAAAAGAAAUGAGAAGUCAAAAUACCAUUGCAAUAUGGCAACUUGAAAGUAGAGAAUAUUUUUGACAUAGACAUUAAAGAAGGAAUGCAGAUAAGCUUGUCACUCUGCUACAAUUACUGAAUUAUUUGGUUUCAUUAUUCUGGGCUUAAUAGUAUUGCUCUCUAACUCAAUGUUAUGAGAUCUGUUUAAGGAGCACAAGCAGAGGAAUAGUAGAGUGUUUUAGGGUAACCCUGGAUCAUGUUAAUAACAACUUGUAUAUUCAACCUCAUUAACGUCAGCUUGUUUUGUUGGUUUGGUUUGAUGGUUUUGGUUUUUUUUUUCAUUUUUAAAUAAUGUGUGUCCUCUCUAGCAAUGAUUCCCACCAUGGAAGUAUUUGUCUCUUUUGGAAACCAUAGGAUCUCCUUCCUUAUUGGAUGGGAAAAAGUCCUCCUUAUGGCAGGUGUGAAUGUGGUGCUAGCACAGUGAGAACAUCUCCCACUGUAAGGGGCAAUUUCUCUCAUCUUGUCUGUGUGAGUAGUAGUGAUGGCCAAACUGAGGAUGAAAUAGGUUCAUCAACAUUUGUGGGUGUAGGAAGAAGUGGAAGCCCUCUCUGGUGAAUCACAACUAGUGAUUACAACCAGUGGCAGACCCAACCAAGAAUCAGAAAUUAGCAAAUGGAGAUUUGUUCCUUAAUACAAUCAGUAACAUAUCCUUUUAAUUUCUUUAAGUGGCUGUGACCUCUCUCAAUUUUUCCAUUAGUUUACAUUCACAUGCUCAUUAAACUUCAGUUAAAAUUGGGGGUUUUUUGACUGUUAAAACACUUGAAAACAAACAUUGCUGAUACAACGUCAGUAGCUUGUGACAGAGGUGGAGGUGAGGAACAACGUAGAGAACCAACAUAGAACAAAAUAGAGAAUAAAUACAGGUGCAGAUUGAGUUUGGAACAGCCUAUUACUGCUCAUAAGCAUAGUUUCCAUCCAUCCUAGCUGAAAUUAUUCAUAUAGGCGAAGAGAGAGAAACACAACUGAAUUCAACCUUGGCACGUGCAUGAAUAACAUUCAGUACAAAGUAGCAUAGGGCCUGAAAUAAUUGAAAAACAAGACUCUCUUCCGUAAAAUUAAUUGUUGAUAUUGUUUGUUUUCUAACGGGUCAUAGCAUUCCUACAUUGCAUGUAUUUAGACAGACAGGAAGUAUUAUUAAGAAUGUGCCCUGAGUUAUGCUGUAAAUUCUUACAAAUUCAAGACCAAUUGAGGAAAUUAGGAUGAAUCUUUGAAUGACAUACAAAACAAGUUAUUUAUUCACAAUCAAUAAUUCAAAAACUAUACCCAAACCAUCCUUUCUUAUUAGAAUCCUGAUGCUGCUUUCCUGCUUCUCUCCAUGGAAAGGAUGAAACAGGAAUGCUUUGUCUUUCUGUUCUGAUGAAGUCAGUGCUCCAUAUUAGUGUUACUUGGAAAUCUCUCAGGAUGAAUAAAUUUUGUAGGAAGAAGUAUAGAGUUCUCACCAGUCUUGGAGCCUGAAUAAGCCAUUAGCCAGUUUCAAGGCUGAGUUACCGUCAAGUUAUGAAUGCUUUCAUGUAUUUUUAACUGUGCCAGAAGAAACAUGUAGCAUUGACAAAAAAGUGACCAAUUUUAUGUAAGUGUGGGAAUAGACGUCAUUCUCUCCAGCUACAAAACUGCUAUUUGGUACAGGGACAGGAAAAUAUUUUUACGGAUUUGGUAUAAAGCACCUGCACUGGUGCUGGUUCUCAUGCACACAGAACUUCUGUAGCCCUAGGUCCUGACAGCCUGUUAUUUGUCUGUGGAACUCAAAAGCUCUGCAAAUCAUGAUAAGGGAUGGGUUGGUGCAUGUGGGUACAACUUUCCUUAAAAGUGCUCCCAUUGGCCCACAUUCUCCUGCUUCCCUGAAAGCAGCAGUAAAGGCAAGCCAGCUCCCAAAGGUCUUCAGCUCUAAUCCUUCCCUGACCUUUCUCAUGGCAGCAACAGCGAGGCCACAGGUGGCCCUUGGCUCCACAUCUUGUGUGGCAACAGAAUUAGGCUACUAAGCAGGCUCCUCUAGCUAAGGGACCUGACUCUGCAGAAAGAGAGAUUAACCUAGCUCCACUAGCAAGGUUCAGAUAUUUCUCAAGCAGCUUCACCAGCUUCUGCUAUAGUCAGGAAAUGCAAGGGAAUCUGCUGCAGGACAGGGUGUGAAGAUGACACAUCCUCUAAAGGCAUGUCCAAAAGGCUCAGAAAGAAAAUUUUGAGUGGCAUUCAUCCUCAUGGGAAGGUUUGCAUAAGAAGGCUGGGGUACAUCUUUCCAUGUUUCCAUGAAGGCAUGGAAAGCUAUCUCCUUAUGCCUCAGGUUUGGUAGUAUUUAUGGACAGGCAGGCCUCACAGUUAACUUUGAAGAGUGUCCUAUGUUUUUCUUCCCACUCUCCUAGAAGCUUGACAAAUGGGAAGAAAAGUUAUGAGAUUCUACUACAUGAAGGCUCAUAUCACUGGUCUUCAUUGUCAAAAUGAAGACAAUGCAAAAAGAAGCAGCCAAACUUGUGUGUGUAAAAUUGUUAUUUGUUACAACUGACAUAUCUGGCAUCUCUGACAAACAUUACAAUAGUAACAGAAACAAAGUGGAACAUUUAUCAUGACUGGAACUCUGACAAUGAAAAAUAGAACUAGAAGUUGAAGACAGAAAUAAAAUAAUUUGAGAAUUCACCUAGGAAGGCAAAACCAGAAAGGAUUGCUACCAUGGAGAAAUGAGUCUAGUAGAAGCCCAUCUGGAAGACUGCAAAAUUCUUGUCUACCAUUAAGAAAGAUAGUAUUCAGUAACACAGGAUCAGAAAAAGGAUCAUUAUAAGGGAAAGCCAAGGGAGAGCCUAGGUUGGAAGUGGAGAUGUAUAUGUGGUUUAGUUAGUCUAGCAAUUGAUAACUGAAUGGUGUUAAGGUUGUCGUGUCUCUAAACAUAUGAUUAGGGGUACCACCAGGAAAGGAGCAUAACAGUUAUAAGUAAAAGUCAAUACUGAUACAAGAAUAAAUGUAGCCAACCUGUUUAAUGGACAGUUAGGUCUAUAGAAUUAAAGGCAGUUACUUUACAGGGUGGCAAGAGGAAAAAAGGAACCUGCUGUUUCUGAGACAAAGCUUUGUGGGUGAGAUUAAUCAUAUUUCAAUCUAAAUGCCCAAAUAUUAGUUGCCUAGGCUAAGCAUAUCUUCUAGGCAUCUGCUAUAACAAAUAGGAAGCAAAUAGCAUCUCCAAAUAUUUAUCCCAGAUAUUCUAGCAACCUAAUUCAUAACGGGAAGGAUUUCAUUCCGUAACUGAUCUUUCACCAUUAGCCAUAUGAGGAGUCACAGACAGCUAACAUUUACUCAAUACCUGCCUUUUAGAUACCUAAAGGCAGAUCAACAGACUAUGUAUAUAGCAAAUGGGAUGUCAACAUUUUUAUAGUGGUGAUUAUAGAGUAAAUCCAUUUCUUUGGAUAUAAUACAUAAAUUUAUAGACAGUUUCUGACUUAAAAACCUUGCUAUGCUGAAGCAAGCAGGCAAUUUUUCACUGGCCUCAGUGAAGCCUACAUUGUGCCUCUUAAAUAUGAACACGGCAAAAUAUUGUAAGUCAAAGUCGUAUUAAAUGUAGACAUCUCCCCUAACCAAAGACUGUUCAAGCCCCUUAGCCCUUGUUUUUAGAAAGCAAGUCAUUUAUAAUAAUGCUUCAGUAAAAUGGUCAUCCAGGCAAAAUCAACAAAUAAAAAUGCGUCUGUUUGACCACAGAACAAACCACCUUGGAGGUUAUAUGUGCUUGUAUGCAGUCUAUCGCACUGAUGAUGUACAUAAGUAUUUUAGACUCCAAACUGGGCUGCUUAUCCAAUGCUGCAAAAUGCCAUGUAUUAAUAGUUGGUGUUGUUCUAGCAUUAUUCCUAAGAUUUGUUUUAAUAGAUGUCACAAUCAGAUCUCCUCUGGCGUUUCCUGAAUUCAACAUGUAACUGUAAGAUUGUAUCAAAGCUAGAAUAUGGCUGCAUCAUUCAUUCCUCACAAUAGUAAGUGUAUAUCGGUAUGAUAGACCGAAUACAAGUAUUAAAUUCACAGUGCCUGUGCCAAACAGGUUUUUUUAUGGAAUCAAGAGCUCCUCAGCAUAAUUCUUUUCUAAUGGUAAAGUAGCCAAUAAUUGUAAGUUAAAAGGAAUGUAUAAGAGAAAGCUAAGAAGUGCUGGCUCCUUAACAUUUAAGUCAAAUUCUAAGGUCAAAAGUACUUCUUUUACUAUGUAAUCUAUUUGCAUAUUCUGCAAAGGAAAUAGGGUUGGUUCUCUGAAGGAUAACUGAGAGUCCUUUUGAUAUUCAUGGCAGAUUGUUUUGGAUGGCUGCCAUCCAGAAAAUCUUAAUGGUGGGAGAAAAAUGCUCUGUGGACGGAUGUAAAUAUCCCUUUUUCCAGGGCUUUAUCUUAGACUCACCUCUUUACACUGUAUAGGUUACUUUCAGAGGUUUCUUUUUAUCUGUUUCUAAACAGCAUGAGUAUUUAUCUAAUGAUUCUGUGGUGAGGUAUGAUUCAUCCUUCAGGUUGCAUAGAUGAAAAAACCCUCCACAUGCGAAGUAUUGUUAACUGCUUGUGCUUCAUAAAAAGAAAGGAAAUCACUCAGGCUGGAGAAAUGUUAUAGUAAAGAUUAUUGGUGCUCUUCAGGCUGAUAGAAAAAAAGUUGCUCAAAUAAAAUGUGAGAGUUUCUGCAGGAAACACUUUCUGAUGGGAAAAGGAUUAGGGCUCCAGGAGGAAUAACUAAGGAAGACUGACAGAAAAUCACCCAAACUAGGCAAAUAUUUUGGAAAUGGCUUGGCAAAGAGGGAUUUAAUAGGGUUCAAGUCACAGUGAAAAGUAGAAUAUGGACAGGACUGACACAGGCUGGUGUGCUUUGGAGGGACCAGUCUCAGGAUUUCUACUUGCAGGGAGUGUGGAAUAACUUGUGAAACUGCACUAGCCUAUCCUGCUUAGGGGUCUCAGAGUUGGAAGCAGCAGCAGGAAAGAAAGGAGUUGAAAUACAAGUCAAGAAAGAAGGAACUGGGAACAUUUCCUUUUCUACUUAUUAAAAAGAAAAAUAAAUUUGGAAUAUCCAACAGCAGGAAAUAACAUGACCUGAAAAACUUUUGUAAAACUACAGUCUUUCUCCUUAUCUUUGUGAUUUGUAACAUCAAUGGUUAUUAAACUGGAGACAGCUUUUAAACUGUAAUUUAUUUUCACUGUUUGUGGGAACUUGCUCCAUUACUUUUGAUAGUUUUCACUAUUUGAACAAAAUGUUCCUUCAUUUCUUCUGCCUAAAUCAGUCAGCCAACAAUAAAAAACUUAUAAGCUCUCGGCCUUUACAAUACCAUGACGGGAACACUUUUCCAGAUGUAGUUGACCCUACUAACAUUUUUGAUGUAACUAGGUGGGUGCUGUGUCCCUGUGAGACCUGUAGGUUUGGGAGCUUGGUGGGUGAUGUGGCAGAAGUAAGGCUGAUUUGUCUUUUAUACAGAAGCAGGCACUGAUUAGAUGGUUAAAAGCAGUGAUGGAUGGUUUUCUGCUGAAUUGCUGGGAUGGAAUGUGUCUGAAGGGUGGUGAGGAUGUUUGAUGCUGGAUGACAAGGAAGUUUGGCCAAGGUAUUGCUGAGGUCUUGCUAUCAAGGAUGUUAAUGAAAUGUAACUACAGUCACUGUAAUCCAAAAGGAUUUUGACAAAAUCUUUGGAAAGUUAUUGUGCUCUGAAUGGUGUUAAAAUAUGGAAUUUAUGUAAAUAUAAAUGAAUUGAUGCUUAGUUAUUGGAAUAAGAUACUACAGAUGUAUUGUGGGAUAUAUAUAAAUGAAUGUGUAAUCUAGAUUAUUUAGGUUAUAAAAGAUGGUGCUUUAGCCAUCUGUUGGUGAUUUUCUUUUAUCAGGCUAAGGAAACUGUGGAUACGACAAGAAUCAACUUAUUAGCAAGUUUUGCAUUGUAUGAAUGUGUCUUGCUUUUUCAAUAAAGAAUGUUAACUCUA